AUGAUUCGUUCGUGUGGAACAAUAGUUCAUUAAAGAAAGACUUAUUUGGAGAAUAUGCAUCAAAGUGGCGAUCAUAACUCUAUUUAUUUAGGUGAUUCCGGAUACCCACUUAGUCCUUUACUAACACCCUUCCGCCAUGCAGACUCUGGAACUAGGGAGUCAAUUUUUGAUAAGAAGCACGCGAAAGCUAGAAACGUCGUUGAACGUACGAUCGGAGUUUUGAAAUGUCGCUUUCGAUGUCUCCUGAGUGAUCGAAAAAUGCGCUACGAUCCUGCUAAAGCAACAUCCAUUAUAAAUAUUUGUUGCGCUUUCCACAAUAUUUGUAAGAAAUUUAGAAUCAGUGAUCCAGAGGAAGCUGAAAUUUUUAUUGACACCGUUGUAUCAUCAGAGCUAAUCAGUGAAGAUGCCAAUAAUACAUCAGGAGAGCGCCGCAGAAGGCAAAUAGCUGAUGUUUUGUUGUAAAAUUAAUUGCA